GUCACUCACGCGCCCGCUCGCCUUCUUCUGGACUCACUUGUGCUCGCAGCCCCGACUCCCGACUCCCGGCUCGAAGCGAGACGAAGACGAGGAGGAGGAGGCCACACCGUGGCGGAGGUGCGCCCCCUAGGGGCCCCAGUGUAUGUCCGCCCCCAAGGGAGAUGCGGGGAGCAGACGGUCCGUCCGCACGACAUUUGCGCCAGGCGACGGACUGAAGAGCAUCCUGCCCGAGCGUCCUCAUGAGACUGUCUUGCCCGCCGCUCGGGUCACCAAAGCCGCCCUCGCCACAUCGAGCCCUCCGGGCCAUCGCCUCGCCUCUGGAGCCACAUGCGGCGGGGAGGCCCGUCCCGGUGACGCGCAGGCACUUGCUGACGGCGGGCACCAGAAUGGAAGGCCGGCCGAACGCCACGGCCGGCGCCCUCCUGAAACGCCCCGUCUGGCCCACCGUGUCCCUGGCCUGCGUCCUCGGCGCGCUCUUUGUCCUCACGGUGUGUGGCAACGUGCUGGUCUGCUUGGUGGUGUGCCACAACCGCAAGCUGCGCAACCUGACCAACUGCUUCAUCGUGUCGCUGGCCGUCACCGACCUGCUGCUCGGCCUCCUGGUGCUGCCCUUCUCGGCCGUCAACGAGCUCUUCCUGAGCUGGCCCUUCGGCGCCACCUUCUGCAACGUCUACACCAGCCUGGACGUCAUGCUGUGCACGGCCUCCAUCCUCAACCUGUUCAUGAUCAGCCUGGACCGCUACUACGCCGUCACGGCCCCGCUGCGCUACGCCAUGCUGGUGACGCCCAGCAGGGUGGCGGUGGCCCUGGGGGUCAUUUGGGUGGUUUCCUUCAUGGUGUCCUUCCCCCCGAUCCACUUGGGCUGGAACACGGUCAACUUCACGGUGCAGAACAAGGGCGCGGGCGACCGGGACACCACCUGCAUGCUGGAGCUGAACAAGGGCUACGCCCUGCUGGACGCCUUUGGCACCUUCUACCUCCCCCUGCUCGUCAUGUGCGUCACCUACUACCGCAUCUUCAAGAUCGCGCGGGAGCAGGCCAAGCGCAUCAACACGGCCACCUGCUCGGGCACGGCCGGCGCCCACCUGCACAGCCACCUGGCGCUGCCCUCGGUCAGGGAGCACAAGGCCACCGUCACCCUGGCCGCUGUCAUGGGCGCCUUCAUCGUCUGCUGGUUUCCCUACUUCACCGUCUUCACCUACUUGGGACUGCAGGGCCACGUGGACCAGACCGUCUAUGGCAUCGUGCUGUGGCUCGGCUACGCCAACUCCGCGCUCAACCCCAUUCUGUAUGCCGCUCUCAACCGGGACUUCCGCACGGCGUACAGCCAGCUGCUUCACUGCCGCCAGGUGGGGCCCGCGGCGGUGCCCGCGCUGCACCUGGGCAGACAGCACACGCACGGUGCCACCUGCGAGGAAUGCCCGCUGGAGGAGCACGUGCUCACCAUGCAGGACAGGAAUGGAGAAUAUCGGCUUUUCCUGAGUGACAACACGCAGAGGUCCACACUGACGCAGCGGCUCUCCGACUCUUAAGGAGCACCCGCCAGUCUCCAUGGAUUUGGAAAAUAAAGAGGUGCCCGUCUAUCCCAGCAGAUGCCCGGGAGUGGCCAAGGUGACGGCCUGAAGGUCCAGUUUAGCAUUGAAGGACCAGAGCUGUAGGUCCGGAGCCUGGCGCUGACAGAAGGAGAUUGUGGGGUGUGCCACGACGUGUGGUGCCUCCUAGAGGCCUGCAGUGGUGCCAGUCUGACAGGUGCCCUCGUCUACGAUGAACGUCAGUCCAGCUGGUAUUAUUGUGAAUAAAUGCAGAU